AACUCGAAUGUCAAUAAAAUGCUUUGGGCAUAUUGAUGUUGUAAACAUAUGAUUCGUAUUUAGUUCUACGAAUCGUAGACUAUGAAAAAUACAUACUAAAAAUAGAAAAUAUACAAUUGGGGUAUUCCCAUGAUAUAAGGAGCUACGAAACUACGACUGCCGAUUAUUGACAAUUUACACUACUAUUAAGUAUUAUUAUUUAUUAUAAUAUUAUCGAUAACAAAAAUCAAAAUACAAUUAUUAGUGCAUUAUUCAUGAACGAGUACUGACGUGGUGUCGUGGUCUGUUAAUCAAUUUAUUUUAACUAUUAAUUAAUAUUAUACAUUUAUACUACGCGUGUAUAUUCAAAACAGUCGGUACAUUUUAUAUUUGUAAUAAUGUUUUAUACCUAUUUUACUUAGUUAUGGCUCCAAGAAGAAAUAGGCUUAGUGGGGCUGAAUACAAGAAAAUAGCUAAGCUCAAAGAAUUUAAUUUGAAUAAAGUUGUUCAAAAAACUAUUAAAAUCGACACGAUGUUCAAAAAGUCAGGUAUGGUUAAUAAAUCUACUGAACAACGUCAAGCUGGCCUUACAACUCUUUGUAAUAAUUUGGAUACAGAACCUCCAUGCGUGUCAGAGCAUAUAAAUAUUUUAUUAGAACCAAAUUCUACUGAUAUACCUGGAUUGGAUCCAGCAUUGUGGAGUAUAAAUGAACAAACGAGGCAAUAUAUCUGUAAAAAUGGAUUUAGCCAAAAUCUAGAUGUUAAAUUUACAGCUUCAAAAAGAUUGUACAGAGUUGUAAAGAAACGGCAUUUCCGUAACUAUUUUAGAUAUCUGAAUAUAGAUUUUUUCAAAACUGUUUUAAUCAAUGGUGAAACAUGUCAAAGAAAUUAUUUAUCUUAUUCUGAGAGUACUGGGUCAAUUUAUUGUGUUCCAUGUCUCUUAUUUGAGAAUAAAACUAAUUUUUCAAAAAAAGGAUUUUCAGAUUGGAAACACCCUAAAAAAAUUUCUUACCAUGAAAAUUCACCUGAACACAAACUAUGUUCUUAUAAAAUGAAAGAACUUGCAUCAGAUUUAAGUAAAAUAAAUUCAAAACUAAUACAUCAAAUAGAAACCGAAAAAAAAUAUUGGAUUAGUGUACUGACCAGGGUUUGUUCGGUUAUUAAAAGUUUGGCAAGUCAUGGAUUAUCAUUUAGAGGUGAUGUAGAAAAAUUUGGAUCAUCUACUUCAAAUACUGGAAAUUUUAUUAUGAUGAUGGAAUUACUUGCAGAGUACGACCCACUUCUAUCAGAACACAUAUCUAAGUAUGGUAACCCUGGCAAAGGUAAUACUUCCUACUUAUCAUUUUCUACUUAUGAACAGUUCGUUAAAAUCAUGUCUGAAAAAGUCAUUAAUACCAUAGUUGAUGAAAUUAAAUUAUCGAAAUAUUUUUCUAUCAGCAUAGAUUCCACUCCAGAUAUAUCACACUCUGAUCAACUGUCUUUCGUUAUCAGGUAUGUGCUAUCAAACGGUGAGCCAGUUAAAAGAUUUAUUGGUUUUUUAGAAAAUGUUGGACAUAAAUCAGAAAAUCUAGNUGAAUCAGUUUUAUCAGUUUUAAAAAAAUAUAAUUUAGAUGUUUGUUAUUUGAGAGGUCAAUCUUAUGACAAUGCUAAAAAUAUGUCUGGUAUUUAUUCAGGAGUUCAAGCAAGAAUAAAGCAAGUUUCACCAUUAGCUGAUUUUGUACCAUGUUCGGCACAUUCUUUAAACUUAGUCGGAUCGUGUGCUGCAAAUUGCUGUAAAGAAGCAAAUGAUUUUUUUCUUUUUAUUCAAAAUAUAUUUGUAUUUUUUUCUUCAUCCACACAUCGAUGGCAUAAAUUAAGUCAAUAUUCUAUCUCAACUGUAAAAAGUUUAUCCACUACACGAUGGUCAGCAAGAGAAGACGCUUGCCAUAGCUUAAAAAAAAACUGGAAUUCUAUAAAACAAGUAUUAGAAGAACUAAUAAAUGAUGAUUAUGAAAAACCAUUUGUACGGUCUGAAGCCAGAGGUUUAAUUAGACAAAUGAAUAAAUUAGAAACAGCAUACAUGACUGUAUUUUGGAGUGAUAUUUUACAUACAUUUAACAAAACUAGUCUUCUAUUACAAUCUGUUGAUAUUGAUAUAAGCACUGUAGUUAGUUUGUAUAAUUCGUUAAUUCAAUACGUUCAAACUUUACGAUCAAUGUUUAAUGAUUAUGAAAAGUUGGCAAAAGCUAUGUUUGACAAUGAUGACUUAAUUCCUGACUAUGAACACAAAAAUAGAAAACGUAAGAAACGUAAUGAUGAAUCUACUGAACCAGAUGCUAUUUUCAACGGACGCGAAAAUUUUAAAAUUAAUACCAUUUACAUUAUUUGUGAUAAUUUAAUAGAAGAACUAAAAAAAAGAAAAAUUUCUUAUGAUGAUAUAAUAUCUAAAUACUUAUUUUUCUUAAAUAUUAGUGAACAAAAAACCUCAGAAGUUCGUGAUGGUGCAAAAAAAUUAAGAAAAAUAUACAAAAAUGAUUUGGAUGAAACAUUUGAAAACGAGUGUGUUCAUUUUCAGAGCUUACUUAAAACUAUUAAAAACCCUCCAACAAAUAUCAUUAAUAUGUGUAAAUUUAUUAAAGAAAAAAAUAUAGAAGCUAUUUUUCCUUAUGUUUAUGUUGCUCUCCGAAUGUUUCUAUGUACUCCUGCUUCUAAUUGUUCAACGGAAAGAUCAUUUUCCACUUUACGGAGAAUUAAAUCAUAUUUAAGAUCAACCAUGUCAUCAGAAAGAUUGAACAGUUUAGCCAUAUUAAACAUUGAGUCAUCCAUAACCAAAAUGAUUGACUACGAUGAUAUUAUUAAAUCAUUUGCAUCAAAACAAUCUCGCAGAAAAGUUUAAGAAAAGUUAUGAAAUUACAAUUGAAUAUUUUUAUUAUUGAAGUUAUUUUAUUAUUUUUAAGAAUGUUUUAAAUAAUAUAUUGGUUAUUAGUUAUUACUGAGUUUUAUUUUAUAUUAAUGUACCUAUUUUCUACUACAAUUGUGUAAUACCAAUAAAGUAAAAAAUUUU